GUUAUGGAUAUUGAUGCUGUUGGAACAUUCACAAUGUGCUACGAAGCACUCAAGUAUCUUAAAAAAGGAGGACCAGGAAGGAGCUCAUCUGGUGGUGGAACAAUAUUGAACAUUAGUGCUACUUUACAUUAUACAGCUUCUUGGUAUCAAGUCCAUGUAGCAGCCGCGAAGGCAGCGAUUGAUGCCACUACAAGAAACUUGGCAUUGGAGUGGGGAGCUGACUAUGACAUUAGGGUGAAUGGAAUAGCUCCAGGCCCCAUUGAUGAUACGCCUGGCAUGAGUAAACUUGCACCUUCAGAGAUAAAUAGCAAAUCUAGAGAUUACAUGCCUUUGUAUAAACUAGGGGACAAAUGGGAUAUUGCUAUGGCCGCUCUGUACCUUGCUUCGGAUGCAGGGAAAUUUAUAAAUGGAACUGUCAUUAUAGCUGAUGGAGGACUUUGGCUGAGCCGGCCUCGCCAUCUGCCAAAAGAUGCGGUGAAGCAGCUUUCACGAUCAGUAGAAAAGAGAUCUAGAGAUGCACCAGUAGGGGUUCCAAGGAGCAAGUUGUAAGGCAUAGAAUAAGUACAUGAUCAAA